AUGGCCGGUUUCCUCGCCGAUUUUAUACGCCUCACACCUAUCAUCAGUGGCCAUACUAUUAUACUAGCAUUUGGACACGGAUUCCUCGAUGCAGUCUUCUACUUCGAGUACCUUGCUCCACCCAAUCAGGCCAGCAAUUUAUGGAGGCAUCAUCCUGACGAGCCGAUAUCGACCGUUUUGAUGUUGUUUCGUCUUUGGGGUGUUGAGACUCUCGACAGCAGGGUGAAUGGACCCGAAUUUGACAUGUCUGUAAGCGCAUCUUCCACCUUGCUCCACGAAGAGUUCGCAAAAAAUGGUUUCACUGACGUACAGGACAAUUCUUUCGAAGUUAUCGACAUCGGCGACAUGUUAAGUGGAGUUGCUGCUGCAGGCUAUACCUUUAGUCGUCCCGGAAUAUUCAAUUUCGAUGGAACAAAAUACAACACAUCCACUCGGCGGACGCAAGUGGAAAUGGGAGUUCCUCAGGGAGUCGCUUUCUUCCGUCCAUCGUAUGCCCGGGGCCUAAGACCAUCCACCAAACGUAUACGAGCUUCUUCGGGGAAUGUUCAACUAUUGUCAUUCAUCGCUGGGGUUGCCAAAUAUCAGACGAUCAACUCCCAGGGACUUGUGAGCAACGCAAUUGGGGAUACCUUGUACCUCCUUGUACCCAUCUAUUCUUCGACGACUCACGGAUCCAUCAAUGAUACUCAUCAAAUGGAAGUUUAUAUCGGGCUCGGGGAAUACUGGCGUGGUGUUGUUGUGGAGAAGGGCUCUUGUCGAAUACGAUCGGUUUCCCAUCUCCCAAAACCUCUGCCGGCUCCACCCGUGUUGGGCUUUUCGGUUACAAUCAUUUGACACCUUGUUUGUUAGUAAAGGCUUGUCAAGUUGCCUUUGUGUCUGUCAUUCAGUUCUCGCUGAGUCACCUUUUUCCGUUAUGCAUGCCUCGGUUACCGGGCAAUCUUGCAUGAUCCUGAGCUUUCCGUUAUGGGGUGUUCUAGAAUCUACAGUAUCGCGUUGACACUACCUCCGUUGACAUCUCUGUCCGGGUCUUGCCGCGGUAAUCGAAAGUAAAUAAAUUUUAAUUGCGCCUCGG